AUGAAGGUUUUACUUAAUGCAAGACUCAACCCUUAUAAAAUCAAGAGCGACUUACAAGUUAUAUACCGGACAGAUCAAUCUCGGAGUGGCACACAAGCAUAUCACAAUACCACCGCACAGUGGGACUACCGUCCACUAUCACCACUAAGUCGCGACUUGUCCAGCACGAAAAAAACCGGGAAGAAUUGA